GGAAGAGGACCAGGAGCUGCUAGCCACGCGGGGGCGGAGGCGGAAGAAGAAGGACGACACGACCGGCAGUCCAGGCCCGCGAGACAGCUCCGCGGGCGAGCAGGUGGGAAACAAAAACAAGUCGCUCGAUAAUCUCCAAUCGGGAAAAAUGUUGCGGCGGCAGAACGCCGGUGUGUUCGUCUCGAAAAGGUUGCAGGCGUUGUUCGCAAACGACGCGGGGGACGAGAAAGAAGCGCAGCGCUCGUCUGUGCAGAACGAUCUGCUGCAAAACAUGCGCAUCGAUUCCGAGUAUUACAAAAAGCACACAAGGAAGCAGCACACCACUCUCGGAGGCUUCCGCGGCGCGAAAAUGCACUCGACCCUUUGUGACUCCAUGGGGUUUAUGAAGCAGAACUACGACGCCAGGAACAUCUUCAAGGAAAAGGAGCAGUACCUGGCUGAUGAAGACGGGGAAAACCCCCCGAAGCGCGCCAUCAUGGAGCCGCUACUGGCUAUGCGGGAGCGGAACAUCACGCAUCGGCCGCUGACGGCGGCGUUCGUGCGGACCCGGGCGCGGAGCGACUUCGGGUACGGCAUCCGGCCGGUGAUCGGCAUGCGCGGCC